CGUGGGAGCGGGCGCAUAAAUUCGCAUCUCUGAAGUCCCCGCGUGGGGAAGGCGCUGUGGGUUUGGGCGGCAAUAGCAUGAAAGCACUCUCGCCUAAACACGAUCCCGCCGGCUGCUCCAGAACGUACGGCACCGCGGCGCACGAAACACCAUCCGCAAUUCCGCUGCUGAGCAGUUCGAAACCGUUUCGCCAGCCACCGCCGGCCCUCGGCACCUGGGAGGCCAUCCUCCCGGCGAGCUUGAGACGUCAUGCGACGCAGUCGGACGCCGCCCGCCGCGCCCUCGCCCUACCGCGCCCUGGCGCAUCACCAUGCCCACCAUGGUGCGGCAUCGUCCCAGGCGGGCCAGCAGGCGCGUGACUCGGUGUCGUCAGUACUGCGGUCCUUCAACGUCGAGACAAACCCGUCGCGGCCUGUGCGCCCCUCGCCGCUGACCGCCUCGACCAUCCCCGACAUGCCCCUCGACCUAGUCGACCGCAUCAGAUCGUUCCCGCUCUUCAUGUCCGCCCCCGAGGAUUUCCUCGCCGCCAUCGGCGCCCACCUGCGGCCCCAGAUACACUCGCCGCACGACCAUAUUCUCACCGAGGGAGACGAGGCGAUGGCCAUGUAUUGGCUGGUCCGCGGCAUCGUCGCCGUCACGUCGCGCGACGGGGAGGCCGUCUACGCCGAGCUCAAACCGGGCGCCUUCUUUGGCGAGAUUGGCGUGCUGAUGGACAUGCCCAGGACGGCGACCAUCAUCGCGCGGACAAAAUGCCUGCUGCUCGUCCUGAAGAAGGAGGACCUGAAGGCCGAGCUGCCAAAAUACCCAGACAUGGAGAAGGCCAUCCGCCAGGAAGCGCAGGAACGCUUGGCCAUCCUCCGGAAGAAGCGCCAAGAUGGCGGGCAGCCCAGCAAGCUGCCCGACACCAGCGGCGCGAAACUGGCGCGCGAGGCCGCGCCGGGCGAGGUCCGCACUGGUGAUGUCGGCGUCAUCGAGGAGGGUUCGGUGGUUAAGACCAAGAAGCGCAAGUCGCCGAGCCCGGGCGUGGUCGAGGACCCGGCCAUCAGCGGCAGUGCGCUCGGCAGCGGAUACGUCAGCGUGCGCAGGACGCUCAAAGAGCUUCCGCUGUUCUCGGCCCUUCCCUCCGACAUUCUUCACUUCCUCGGGCUGAGCGCGCAGCCCAAGUCGUACCCUCCCUUCACCGACAUUAUCUGCCAGGGCGCGCCGGGGAACGACAUCUACUUCAUCGUGCGCGGCGAGGCCGAGGUGGUGCAGGAGCCGCCUAGCCAGACGCUCAAGAGGACCAUAAAAUCGACCUAUGCGCGGCCGCGGUUAAAACAAGGGCAGUACUUCGGGGAGGUGGCGAGCCUCGGGCUGUCCGAGUGGCGCACGGCGACGGUGAGGUCAGUCACCGACGUCGAGUGUCUGAUGAUCCCCGGCGCCACGCUCGACGAGUUAUGGAGAAGGUGUCCGCCCGAGCUCAAGUCCCAGGUGGAGGAGACCGCCAGGGAGCGCUUCCAUCCGGUUGAGGAUGUCACGAUGGAGGAGGCAGAGUCGAACGGCGGGAAGCAAGCCGGCGCGGAUGAGCAGGCGGCCGUGCCUGGCGUCACCCUCACGCCGCCCAAGACACCCGCGCCGACCGUCGACGACGAGGCGGAUACACGCCGGCCGUCGGAUCCCGACCCCUUCCUGAGCGUCGACAUGGAGAACCUGCGUAACCGGCGGCGCAACUCCCUGGCGCCCCCCACACCGCAGACGGACUCCAGCGUCAUCGUGGGCGGCAUCAAGGUGCCGCCCGUGGCGCCAGCGCCGCCUCUCCUGUCCCCGGUAUCCCCGGUCUCUUUCGACGACUCGCCGCUGCCUGCCAAGCGUGCACGCACGCUCGCCCAGGCCGAACUCGAAAAGGGCAGGAAGCAGCGCCCGGCGUUCCCGGACGACGUCUGGGUUGCCGUGUUCAAGCAGCUCGAGCUAGCCGAGCUGAUCCGCCUCCGCAUCGUGUGCAGGAAGUGGCGCGAGCUGCUGACGUCGAGCCCGGAGCUCUGCACGCACGUCGACCUCCGACCGUAUAACCGGAAGGUGACCGACUGGUCACUGGCCAACGUGCUGGCGCCCUUCAUCGGCGCGCGGCCCGUCGAGAUGGACAUCAGCAAUUGCUUCCACAUCACCGACGAAGGCUUCCAGGCGCUGUGGAAGACGUGCGGGCGCAAUGUCAAGGUGUGGCGCAUGCGCAGCGUCUGGGAGGUGUCGGCGUCGCAGAUCCUCGAAAUGAGCGAGUUCGCCAAGGGCCUCGAGGAGGUCGACUGGAGCAACUGCCGCAAGGUCGGCGACAACCUGCUGGCGCGCGUCGUCGGCUGGGUCGUUCCGGAGCCGCCGCCCUCCCGCGACACCGACGCCGCCACCACCAAGCAACCCCGCCGUGGUUCCCCUCAGCCUCCAUCCCAAUCCCAACAAGCAACAACAGCCUCCCAACCGCCGGGCCCCGCCCCGGGCACCACCAUCGGCUGCCCCUCGCUCCGCCGCUUCAACCUCUCGUACUGCAAGCACAUCACCAACCGGUCGAUGGCGCACCUCGCCGCGCACGCCUCGGCCCGCCUCGAAGCGCUCGACCUGACGCGGUGCACGUCGAUCAACGACCUGGGCUUCCAGGCCUGGUCGGCGCACCGCUUUCCGGCGCUGCGCCGCCUCUGCCUGGCCGACUGCACCUUCCUGUCCGACAACGCCAUCGUCGCCCUCGUCGGCGCCGCCAAGGCCCUCACCCACCUCGACCUCAGCUUCUGCUGCGCCCUGUCCGACACCGCCACCGAGGUCGUCGCCCUCGGCCUGCCCGCCCUGCGCGAGCUGCGCGUCGCCUUCUGCGGCAGCGCCGUCAGCGACGCCAGCCUCGGGUGUGUCGCGCUGCAUUUGAAUGAGCUGCGCGGCCUGAGCGUGCGCGGAUGCGUCCGCGUCACCGGCAACGGCGUUGAGAAUGUGCUUGAGGGCUGCAGCCGGCUUGAGUGGUUGGAUGUGAGCCAGUGUAAGAACCUCGGUGGCUGGUUGGCGGGCGGCGGCGUCAGUAGGUGGGGGUAUGAUGAGCGCGCGGAGAAUGGAGGGGUGGGUGGUGCUGGUGGUGGUGGUACUGCUACUACUAGGGCUGCUUCUGCGCCUGCUUCGGCGGCGGCGGCGACAGCGACGGGCAGGAAGAAUGCGCUGGCGGUGCAGAAGAGCGCGCAGCAGCCGCUCGGCCCGGGACCGGUGCUGCGGCCGGUGAUCCCGCCGAGGGGCGCGCCCGCCGGCCGGGCUAGGAAGCCGGUGCGCUUUGUGGUUGAGAAGGGGCCCGGCGGGCUGCGGUGAGGCGGAGAGGCUUUCUUUUUUAAAGGGGUUGGGGUUGGGGAGGAAAGCGGGCAUCUGGGGAGAGGGAGUUGGCUUGGGCGGCGGUCUCUCUUUUUGGAUACAACGGGAUGGCUUGUAUGAUGAGGUGGAUGAACUAGCAUGGAACGGCCGGUAACUGGUUG